AGUGAGCGAAAUGACGGCUGCACUGCCGGUUCGUAGAUGCUGCGCUCAUGGCGUUUAAAUUACUUCACCUGUACAGCUACGAGCGAUCGCGCACGAAUCGAGAUCCAUCCGUACGGCGUGUGCAGCUGCUGGACGAAAUGAUAUUCAGACAGAGAGCGCUGCAAGUGACUCGUUAGCUUUGCCAACUUGAGGACUCCGUUCUUCCUAGCCGCGCGACCGGCCAACUGUAGUUUGAACAUUGUUGUGCGGUGCUGUUUCCGAACACAAGGGUACUGGUUGAUGAAGUUAAAAAAGUGGAAGUAAAUUUUUCCAGACUACCACAGUGCAGUGCCGUGCCUGCGUUUUACAGCCAAAACGCCAAACUGUUGCAAUGUGCCGUGAAGCUUGUGUAACUAAAAAGUAUGCGUAUUUGAGAUAUUUUACGCUUGGAUAUCAUCGCUUAUGAAAUACAGUGUUGAAAAGGUGCAGAAAACAACCACUUUCAAGAAGUUAACGUAACGCGCUCGGUAAAAAACGGUAUAUUUGGAUGAGCUUAGCGGCCAUCAUUAUUAGAGAAGGUUGCAGUGCUGCCGCUGCCGGGAGUGGUGAAACGAAGAAGCUAAGGCUGGGCUAAUGAAAAUAGCGUGGCUCGUACUCAACUGGGAGCAAUUUGAAAGUGCAUAUGCGUGUGCAUCAUAAUAACCGUCAUCGUUAGAGUCAACCGUUGAAAGAAGGGUGAGACAACCAGUUUCACAUUUUACUACACCGCUUGUGGCCAAUUUCGGGGUAGCGUUUGUAGAGUGGUCCUUUUAACCUGGCCUAGCGGUAAACUGGAUAACUGCUUUCCGAAGACGCGUACCGUUUACGCUUAUCAACGUUAGUGUUGGAGUUUGCGGGUGCGAUCCCUUUUACCCUCCUACGCCACGAUACAGUGAAGAUGUUCGUGUGAAAAUUUCGGGUGAAAUUUACUAAAGUGCGCGCGCGGCAUUGUAUUUUGUUGUUAAAGCGAAAACGUAAAGUAGGCAAAAGCGCCUCGGGAAGAAAUCCAAGUGCCACCAGAAAGCGGCCAUGUGGUGCUAAAGCAAAAAAAAGAGAGAAAAAGUGCUAUAGCUAAAACGUGUUCAUCUUUUUUUUUCCUACUUGGUUUGCCUGUUAAUGUGUGCAGUAUGGAGAAGCACCAGCAACAGCAGCAACAGCAGCAGUAGAGAGCUGCAAAGUGAGUGUGCGUAAGCGAGUGAAGUGAGCGUUGUUUAAGUGGAAGGGAGAAGGGAGAGUGUCGAGGGUGACCCACAGUGUGCAAUCGUGCACGCAGGGCAACGGCAAUCGAUCCUCCAGUCCCUGGCAACGGUCGAUCAGAGCUCGUGCGAAGGAGGCAAGAAGGGCUGGCAAACGGGUACAAGUGAGGCGGAAAACGGAAAGGCGAACCAUAGCUCGCAUUUUUCUGCAUUUGCUUGUAUUUUCAUUUUUACUUUCCGUCGCCUCUCUCUCUCUCUCCUUCUAUCCAUUUGUAUCUUGCUGCCGUGGGCCCGGUGUUCUGUGUUUGUGAAGUUUUGACCGCGUAUUGGAAUUUAAUUCCCUUUCCCCACAUUUCCGUCAAAGCGCGCGCUCACGCCGUGGCUUAACGUUAAAGACACAUACAAUGAAUUGGAUUUACAUCUUAGCCUGCAUUUAUGUAUCAUCACAAUUUCUGCUGCUCAAGGUUGCCGGAUCGGGGCUGUUUGAGCUGGAGCUACGCUACUUUCAAAACGAAAAAAGCAUCGACCACAAUGAAAAAUGCUGCUCCGAAAAGGCGGAUGCGCAGGGCCGCUGCAUCGGUACCUGUAAAACCAGGUUUCGGGCUUGCUUGAAGCACUACCAGGCCACGAUCGAUACAACCUCGCCCUGCACUUUCGGUGACGUCAUAACGCCUGUACUGGAAGGAACGACACUGAACUUUACAGCGAUCUCGGGCGCAAAGGAAGGCUUCACAAAUCCGAUACGAUUUCCGUUUGAGUUCGGUUGGCCGGGAUACUUUACACUUAUCAUAGAAGCGUGGCAUGAUACAAAUGAAACAACUACUCGAUCUCCAGGCACCCUCAUUUCCCGUCUCUCAAUUCAACGUAUACUGGAAGUUUCGGCCGACUGGAUGGAAGACAGUUACAACUCAUCGCACACGAUGAUACGGUAUGCGUUCCGGGUGACGUGCGAUCCGAACUACUACGGUGCAGGCUGUGCCAAUUUGUGCCGCAAGCGGGACGAUCAAUUUGGCCAUUACACCUGCUCACCGAUCGGUGAACGUGUUUGUCUGUCCGGCUGGCUGGGAGAAUACUGUACCGUUGCCCAAUGCACUCCGGGAUGCCUUCACGGACACUGCAACAAGCCGAACGAAUGCAUUUGCCAAUCGGGAUGGAAAGGUCCGCUGUGCGACGAAUGUGAACCGUAUCCUGGCUGCCUGCACGGUACAUGCAAAAAACCCUGGGAGUGCAUUUGCAAAGAAGGCUGGGGAGGGCUGUUUUGCAAUCAGGAUCUAAACUACUGUACCAACCACAAGCCAUGCCUGAACGGGGGCACCUGCUUCAAUACGGGACAAGGUUUAUACACGUGCCAGUGCCGUCCGGGAUAUAAGGGUACCGAGUGUGAGCUGAGCAUCACGAGCUGCUCCGAUCACCCUUGUUUGCAUGGAGCCACCUGCACCUCAACAGUGGAUGGCGAAACAUCGAUGGACGCUGACGGCCGCAAAUAUCAGUGCCAUUGUGCGAAGGGCUGGAUGGGGCGGCACUGCGAACGGGAGGCUAUAACAUGCGCGGAAAAACCUUGUCAUCAAGGAACGUGCGUUGAUGUGACGCCUUCCUCAUCUUCAUCGUCAUCGACAUCAGCUAACUUCCGCUGUGACUGCCCACCCGGAUAUAGCGGGACAGCGUGCGAGAUCAAAUCUGGCGAAUGCUAUUCCAACUACUGUGCCAAUGGUGGUACCUGUCACGUGGCAGGAUCAUCUUCAUCAUCCUCCGCAUCAUCAUCCAUCAUGGCUUCUUCGCAAUCAUCGUCAUCAUCCUCGUUAUCGGCGCUUUUCGGAUCGGGAAAUAGCAACAAUAAUAAUGACGGAGGGAUUGGAAUGCUAAUGUGCCUCUGUCCGGAUGGAUUUGUUGGUGAUCGCUGCGAGGAAAAUGUAGACGAUUGCGUCGGCAACCUGUGCUUGAAUGGGGGCACGUGUGUCGAUGCAGACAAUCACUUUAAAUGCCAGUGUGUGCCCGGAUUCAUAGGAACACACUGCGAGGAAAAGGUGGAUCUCUGCCUCACAAAACCCUGCGCGAAUGGUGGCAUUUGUACGAAUCUUGAAAACGAUUACCGCUGCCAGUGCCGCGCAGGCUUCACCGGUAAGGAUUGCAGCGCGGACGUGGACGAAUGCCACUCUGCCCCGUGUCGGAACGGUGGCACGUGUAUCAACAGGGUGAACAGCUACCAAUGUGUUUGUGCUGGUGGCUAUCGUGGACACUCCUGCGAGGAAGAAUCCGCUACCGUCAUCCAACGUGAUGCGGACAUAGAAGGGAGUGAAUUUCAUCAUCACCACCAUCAUCCGCAACAGCAACAACGGCACAGUGGAGGAGAAGGAGUUGACUCCAGCAGUCGCACCGCGGAUGGGUUGAGCAGUGGUCAAAUCGUUUUAAUAGCGAUGUUCUCCAUUUCAACACCACUGUUGGCGUUCAUUGCGACUACGAUCGUUAUCUGUCUCAAGCGCAAGCGCCAACGGGAACAAGAAAAGGAUGAUGCGGAAGCGAGAAAACAGAAUGAACAAAAUGCUUCCCACAAUCUUUCCGCAUCCUCACAUCACCAUCAUCAUCACCUGCAACAGCAGCAGCAACAUCAGCAACAGCAACAGCUUCACCAUCAACAGUCGUCGUCGUCGUCGUCGUCCACGUCUUCCGGUGCUCUGCUCCAUUCAUCUUCGCAACAGCAACAACAACAACAAUACCAUAAUGGAUUUCACAACCAUCUCCAGUCCUCAGGCCAGAAGCGGAAUAGUAGCAAUACACUUUCAAACUUUGACAGUUCGCAUCAUAUGAUUAAAAACACGUGGGAUAAGAGCAUCAACAACAUGCCGUCACCACCAACAACUGCAAGUGGAAGCGGCGUCAGUAGCAGUGGAGGUGGCGGAACCGGUGGUUGCAGUGCUGGUGGAGUUGGUGGAAGUGUCGGGUCCGCAGCACUUUUGCUCAGUGGAGCAAAUAUGGACGAUAAUGGCUGCCUCAUUGCUUCGGCGGCGGCGGUAGGUAGCAAUGGCGCUGGAAGUACUGGAAUGGGUGGCGUCGGUGGUGCAGCUGGUGCAUUAUUGUAUUUGAGCACUUCCGAUGAUGGACCGACGAUGGCGUCCUGCUCGACAUUACAACGUGCCAAAUCACAGAAGCAGCUCAAUACAGAUCCCUCACUGUUGUUACAGCAGCAGCAACAGCUUCAAAAUCAUCAUCAUAGUGUGAUAUUAUCACAAACGUCGGCUUCAUCUCUACAUCCGUCAGCAAGCGCGGCAUCGGUAGGAGGGGGCACUGUAUUAUCGUCGCCAGUGGUAUCCUCUACGGGUACACCCUGUUCCAAUGGAAGUGGGAAGGAUAUGUUUGACAAACGCAUAUCGGUUCUAUCCGAAUCGGGGAGAUUAUGUCAUCCUCGGUGGAACGGUGCAACUUCAGCUGGCGUAGUGGGAGGCAGUCCUUCGGUUGUAGGACCUUGUAGUCCACCACACAUUUAACCACUAUCGCUUUGUUACACUGUAGGACGCAGUCAACAGCCGUUCUAUUUAAGUUCAUUUCAACCAAAAGAGAUCUAGAAAAGAUCAAAAACACAUACAUACACACACGCACAUAUAUCUUUAUGUAUAUAUUUACAUAUAUAUCUGUGUGUGUAUUUACACACUUGAGUUACUGAAAAUAUGGGUGUCCGGAUCUCAGAUACCAAUCAUGCUUUAAAUACAAAGGACAAAGUGUAUAGUAUGAUUGAUUUUAUGUCUUUUGCAAUCGUAGUAUAUGACAAGAUCAGCCUUCGGGUAUGAUCAGACGUGACAUAUCUGCACGAAUAUUGUCCUAUGGUUUCCUAGUUAUUGAUCUUAGGAUUUUUAUUACUUUUAUUUCUUUUUGUCAAAUGCUAUAUUGUGUGAGGAUUUUUUUUGGUACUUUUUAUCAGUCACAAACUUUGAACAAAUGAUAUUCUUUCAUGCUUUCAUCGCUCAACGCAAAAUAUUUGUUUGUUUUUCCAUCACCGAAAUAUUCAAUAGAACCGUUGCAUUAUUAUGCAAUACCGUUUUUUUCGCAGCGGUGAUUUUAAUUACAAUAAAGUGGGAAAUAACUAUGACUUUAUUGCAAUGCUGUUAAUGCGGCACUGAGUGAUGAUAUUGUGUGUGUUAAAAACUACAAUUAUUUAAGUGAAGUUCCUAAACAAAAAAACACGCACUUUUAAAACAUAAAAAUUCACAUUUUAAUAUUAUGUGAAAUUACCGUAAAAUCUGAUAAAUUUUUCAUCAAAUAUGUGUAUUGGUAUAUUGUUGCAAAUUGCUAUUAAAAAAUAAUGGCAACAUUAUAAGCAAGAGCGUAAUAAAGCUCUAAUUUGAAUGCAAUCAACUAGGGCAUACAUUUUUGGUUCUCUGUGACACGGCACAUCUUUCUUUUCUUUUUUAGUUCGCUCCAAUUGGCCAGUAAGUACUUAAUGGAGCGAAAUCCUUUAACAUACAUUGUUGUUGCUUUUGUUAUUCCUCACAGUUAUACAAAAACAGUUAACUAUUAGGUUUAUUUUCACACCGUCAUGGUACAAGAGUUUUGUUAGAACAACUCGUCAUGAUGAUUAAUAAUAAUUAUAGUUAUGUAAUUCAGGUUUAUGCCGUCAGUGUUUGUGUGUGUUUUUGUAUAGAAUGGAACAAAAAGAGCGCGAAUUUAGUAGAAGUAUUACAAUCAAGCUAUCUUGAUUUGCUUCAUCGUCGUAUUAGCUUAUCUCGAUAUUUUGCCAUGCAACGUGUUAUAUUAAAACAUUUAGAGAAAUAUCAUACAACUUUGUAUAAAAGAACA